CCCAUCGUCAUCUCUCUUUCUUAAAACACUCCAACACUCUCCUCCUCCUCCUUGGAACCUUAUCUGUUGCGAAAACCAUGUCUACCACAGCGUCUUCGCUCGCCCUUCCUUCGCUCACCCCUAAAGGCGCUUUUCUCUGCAAUCCCAAACCCACUUCGGUUUCUCUGUUCUCCCUCUCCCUGUCUCCGCUCAGGCUUCAUUGCAAGCCCAUUUCCGUUUCUGCUUCGUUUCUUCACUCUGCGCCGGGCUUCCACAGCCUGUCCUCUCGGUUCGUCCGGAAAGUUGCUGUAACGUCCGAGUUCGACCAAGAAGAGGAGCUCUUGAGCGAUGGAGACCAACUCAGAUUCUCUCCUGACCUUAAACUCUUUGUGGGUAAUCUUCCUUUCAGCGUCGACAGUGCUCAGCUCGCCGGUUUGUUCGAAAGCGCUGGAAAUGUCGAAAUGGUCGAGGUGAUUUAUGACAAGACAACUGGAAGAAGCAGAGGAUUUGGAUUUGUUACCAUGUCUACGGCGGAGGAGGUUGAAGCUGCUGCUCAACAGUUCAAUGGCUAUGAACUUGAGGGAAGGUCUUUGAGGGUAAAUGCUGGACCUCCUCCACCUAGAAGGGAGGAGUCCUCCUUUAGAGGUACUAGAAGUGGGGCAGGCUAUGGUGGUGGUAAUGCUGGUUAUGGUGGUGGUUAUGGUGGUGGUAAUGCCAGUUUUGGUUCUUCCAACCGUGUUCAUGUGGGCAACCUCGCAUGGGGUGUUGAUGACUUGGCACUUGAGAAUUUGUUUAGUGAGCAAGGAAAGGUUGUGGAAGCGAGGGUGGUAUAUGAUAGGGAGAGUGGUAGGUCAAGAGGUUUUGGUUUUGUAACCUACAAUUCUUCUGAAGAGGUCAACAAUGCUAUUGAAUCCUUGAAUGGUGUUGACUUGAAUGGCAGAGCACUACGAGUCAGUGCAGCAGAAGCUAGGGAAGCUAGGCCAAGACGUCAAUUUUGAGUUUUGGAUGUCCUUGACCAACAAAAGACAUUGGGGACUUGGAGCUGUAAAAGCUGGAACUUGGUGCUGACCAUCAAGAAUUUUCAAAAACUGGUGCUUUCACUACUGUAUCUCUGGGCCUACAGACGGACAGGAGCUGAUAAAUGCAUUCUGAAAGAUUAUAGAUUGUGUAUGUUUUGAAUACCAUAAUCCAGAUAAGAAACUGAUGUGUUGCCCAUCUUUUUUGGUAGAUCCAGUGGAUGAGUAAUUUAAUUGUCUUUUUCUUUCCCGAA